AUGGCCGAAUUGAUCUGCUCUGACUUAUCCUCACCGACAAAUGGGGACAUUGACUAUGGUGGUGCUGGAUCCACUAACAGAAGAUCAGUGAACACAGUGGCCACCUACACCUGUGACACUCGCUACACUCUCACUGGAGGCAGUACCACCAGGACUUGUGAGAGUGAUGGAGUGUGGAGUGGGUCAGCUCCAAUGUGUCAGACUGACUGCCCUGACUUACCUUCACUGAUCAACGGGAUGAUUAUGUACAAUACUGGAUCUCCUGACAACAGACCUAUCAAUGCUGGAGCUAUAUACACCUGUAACACUGGCUACACUCUCACUGGAGGGGACACUACCAGGACUUGUGUGAGUGGAGGGAUCUGGAGUGGGGUACCUCCAACUUGUCAAAUUUAG